AAUUGGCGGGUUCAAAAAAGUCGUUGUGUAAUGUUUACAUCAAAAACUUCGUUAUUUUUAUUUUAUUUAUAAAUGUGUUGUGUAAAAUUUUAUUAUACAACGCGACGUGAGAAAUAUUUUUUUUUUGAGAGAACUUUUUAAUAAAGCUCCAAUUUUGGAGUAGGGUAUUCUCGGAAUGCCACCGGUGUCCAGUGGAUUCGGCAAGCAUAUCGAGGAGUAUAAAGUGCUCAAUUUUCUUGGAAAAGGUGGUUUCGCAGUAGUUUAUAGAGCAAAAUGUCUUCGUACAAAUACCGAAGUAGCUAUCAAAAUGAUCGACAAAAAAUUAAUGGAAGCAAGUGGGAUGGUUGGAAGAGUAAAUCAAGAAGUUGCAAUACAUUCACGAUUAAAACAUCCAGCUAUAUUAGAACUCUAUACAUGCUUCCAGGAUACUCAUUACGUUUAUUUAGUAUUAGAAUUAUGUCACAAUGGUGAAUUACAACAUUAUUUGAAAACACAUUAUCCUAAAGGGCUCCCUGAAAACCGAGCUGCAAAAUUCAUUAAACAAGUUGUACAAGGUUUACUUUAUCUACAUUCUCAUCAAAUACUUCACAGAGAUUUGUCUUUGUCAAAUUUAUUACUCACAAGUGAUCUACAUGUGAAAAUUGCUGAUUUUGGAUUAGCAACACAAUUAUCAAAUCCAAAUGAAAAACACAUGACUAUGUGUGGAACUCCAAAUUAUAUUUCGCCAGAAGUUGCUACAAGAUCAUCUCACGGUCUCGAAGCUGAUGUAUGGGGUUUAGGAUGUAUGUUAUAUACCCUUUUAGUUGGGAAACCACCAUUCGAUACUGAUGCAGUAAAAAGUACUUUAACUCGAGUUGUUAUGGCAGAUUAUAUAAUACCUAAAUAUCUGUCUGAUAAUGCAAAAGAUCUUAUUGAACGUUUAUUAAGAAAAAAUCCAAAAGAAAGGAUAAAAUUACGUGACAUUAUUAAACAUCCAUUCAUAACAUCUAUUGACCAACAGAAUUUUCAGGAAAAAACGCUAUCUAAUAAAGUAACAUUUAAAGAUUCAGGAUUGGUAGAUUCAGGAUUAGGUAGAACGUUAUCAUCCUUGGGUCAAACACAUCGACGAGGUCGUUCUCGUUCAGAAGAACGUACUAGUUGUAUAUCAUCACAUUUAUUAACUCCAGCAACACCUUAUUAUACAACAAGGAGUGAUCCAGCAGAAUUAAUUUAUAGCAUCAAGGAACAUGAUAAUCUAGGUCAUGAACGUUUAAGAAAUACAAAUUUUUCUCAUGGAAAAAAAUCUAUUUCGUCGAACAUUCUUCAUCCUCCACCUGCUCAAAUGAUCUCUAAAUCAUCUCAACAUCAUAAUGGUGAUGUUGAUCAUGAAAAAAAUGUAAAUAAUGUAGAUCACCAGAAAAGUGAUAAACCAAAAUGUCGAGAACAAAGUGGCAAAAGUCAUAAUUAUUUAAAUGGUACGGAAGCUAAUACCAAAUUACAAGUUCCACCUUUAAAUACUAAAAGGCUUUUACCGAUACGACAUAAAGCAAAAAGUGUUGUCUUUACCAUUUUAGAGAAUGGUGAAGUAUGUAUAGAAUUUACAAAGAAAAAAAAUAUUACGGAAAGAGUUAGUGAAGUAUGCCGAAUAUCAGGAGAUGGACUUCGCAUAAUUUUAUAUAAAUUACGUGAAAUGAAACCAAUUGGUGAUACACCACCGCCGGUUCCUUCUAGUGGCGCUGAUAAUAUUUAUUCCUAUGAAAGUUUACCUACCCGUCAUCAUCGAAAAUAUCUUUAUGCUGCACGAUUUAUCAAUCUUAUUAAAGCGAAAACACCUAAACUAAGUUUGUACACUGGACGAGCGAAGUGUAAUUUCAUGGAAAAUGGUCCGCAUCCAGAUUGUGAAGUACUUUUUUACGAUGGAACAAAAGUUAAUCGAGUAGAUAGUGUCGUAAAAAUUACUAACACAGUUGGAGAUACUUAUGAAGAUAAAGAUUUACCAAAAGAUUUAGAAGAAUAUUAUGAACAUUACGAAGAAUGUUAUCAACGUUGUCUUUUACUUGAAUCCGCCUUAUCUUCUUUAGAAACUGCGACAGGACAUUCUUCCUUUCCUGUAAUCAUUGGACGACGGCCUUUAGCAGCCUUGAAUAAUAGUGCUCCUUCUCAGGGAAAAGAAAAUAUGUCUCGGGUCACUGCAUAUAGUCCACCAAUGAUGCCAUCAUUUGAUGCUACAUGUUCUGUUGUAUCAGGAAUGACUACAAGAUCAAAAAAGACUUCUCUUCGUUCAAUGCCUAAUACUUAUACUAAUAAGAUAAAUAUUCCUGGUUUAGGAGUAACAACUCAAUUACCAUCUGGAGAAGUUAAAGUAGAAUUCAAAGAUGGUACUGCUUUGAUCAUGAGUCCGCAAAAUUAUAGCAGUGGAAUACAAUAUGUAAAUCAGUAUGGUAUGAUCACUAAAUAUUCUACAAAUCAUCAUCAAAAUACUCAAGUGCCGUAUGAUGUUAGAGAAAAAUUAAAAUAUGUGCCAACAGUUUUAAAAUAUUUAGUACAAUCUCAACAUGAAAGUAUACGAUAAUUCAUUUUAAUUUGCUAGACAUAAAAAAUUUUCCUUACGGUAUAAUAUUUGAAAAUUUCUAGUAAAUUCUAAUAGUAAUUAAAAAAAUAAAUUUGCAAAAUUCUAGUUGUAAGAGCAUUCAAAUAUUAUAUUUUAAUAGUAGCACUAGUAAAUACAUUUAUUAUU